AAAAAAUCUUAUUGAGCUACUGGAUCUGUACCAAUAUUUUAAUCGCCAACCGUGAUUACUAGGAAAUGUCCCAGAUAUGUCGGGCUUGCGGACGAAAACAUCCGUCCGAUCAAGUUCCAUUCAAUGAUUUCCAAGAUCAUGCUCAAACAUACUUCGAACUAACUUCGGUACAGCUCCAUGAGCACGAAAAUCCAGAUCUGCUAAAGCUGUGCCAAGGUUGUGUGGGGAAAUUGACCGAUUUCGAUCGCUUCCGGGAUAUGUGCUGUCAAGUACACUGGGAACUACAGCAAGUGAAAGUGGAACCAAAAAGCGAUUUUCAGACGCUACAGAAAGAGAAAAAUGCACCAUCAUCUGACCAAGAUGAAGUCGAAUACGACGACAGAAAGCCUCCGGAAAUGCCUUUCACGACAAUGCUGUUCGUUACAAGCGAAGAAGGCGUCAAGGAUGAAUUUCUUUCGGAAGAAGAGCUGGAAGAAAUAGUUACGCCCAAAAAGGAACGCGCCAAGUAUGGUAGCAAGAAAAAGUUGGUUCAACCGGUUCAGUACAGUUGCGACAAAUGUCCGGAGGUGUUCCAGGAUAGGUUAUUGUUGAUUGCUCACAUACGAGCCCACGCCGGUCUGGCGCCGUUCUACUGCGAGAUUUGCAAGCAGGAGUUUGCCACUCUAUUGGUCAUGAAAAUGCACCACGUUGAAAAACAUACCGAGCGGAGAACACUGACUUGCGAUCAACCAGGUUGUGGCCAGCAAUUCGGGAGCUAUCAAGCACUGAGGCACCACAAAACACGAACUCACGAUCCCAACUACACCGGACCGAAACCAAGGGUGUACAUUUGUGAACAUUGUGGCGACUCGUUUGGCAGUAAGCAGAAGCUUACCAGACACAAAUUUGCGUCUCAUGAACCGCAGGACAAGCCUUACAUUUGCGAAAUUUGCUGCCUGCGAUUCACCAUCCCAUACAAACUUAAACGGCACAUGAUGCGUCACGAAGGCAUCCGUAGCCAUGUCUGUCCGUACUGUGGCGUGGCGAAAGUAACCAAGGGCGAGCUGAUGUCCCACAUGAACAAUGUCCAUAAAAAGGAACCGGCAGUGUCGAACGGUGUCUAUCAGGCGGCGUUUUGUGGCGAAACAGAAUCGACCAGUUCUAUUGCGCCAAGCAGUAGUAAGGAAACUACUCAAUCUAAACCGGUCUCCAAGAAGCGUAAACAAGAAGAGGGUUGGGUGCGUAAUGUCCGGAAGAACAACCGAAACUACGGCAAAGCGUACGUCCGAAAGGAUAACGUGCUUGUCGACGGGAAGACUUUCCAGCAGCAAUUCGAAUGCGGUUGUCCGAGAAAGUGCCGGACAAAGUUUGAAUCAGAUGCGAUUUUGGAGCAGUUUUUCGACUCAUUUUGGAACCUGGGUAACUGGCAUAAGCAGAAUGCUCUGCUCUCGGAUCAGGUUAAGGGAGUGGAAGUUAAUCGACACCGCCCGAGGGAUGAAAGUAACCCUCGUCCGGAGAGGACUGUUUCGUUUCAGUACUUCAUCCCGAGCGAGCACGAAAACGUGAGGGUCUGCCAAAAGUAUUUCCUUGGGAUUUUGCAAAUCAGUUCUGGACGGUUGUACAAAUGUCUUGGAAGGAAGUGAUAAAGAAUAAAAUGCAACUGGUGUGGAUUUUAGUUUUGUAGUCAUAUCACCAUCAAUUGGCAACUUGCAAAGGUUCAAAGUACAGCUUUUUGCGUAGGGUACUGUAGAUAAUUGGGACCAUGCAUUCGUUUUCGUAGCCACGCUUCGCCGAAACAUCGUUUAUCACAGCCGUUAGAAUGUCCAUCAGGUGGUCCCUGGUUGUAG